ACUAGAUCAAAGCAACUAAUAGGAGGAGAUGUUUACUCUGAAGGGUUUUUGUGCUUUUACACUGUUGGGCCUUUUUCUUUUUCUUGUCAAAUCCAGCUGUGGUUCUGAAAUCAUUAAUGGGAAAGAAGUGGAGCCCCACUCAAUGCCCUUCAUGGCUCUGCUGGAGUCCAAAGCACCAGUCUGCGGAGGAAUAUUAAUUGAUCCAAAAUGGGUUCUGACAGCUGCACACUGCAAAGACAUUAAGACUGUGUUGCUGGGGGUGCACUCCAUCAAGGACAAGAAGAAAGAACAAAAGUACAGGCAAGUCUGUAAGGUGCAGAAAAGCUUUCCUCAUCCUUGCUAUGAUGCUAAAGAAAAAAACAAUGACCUACAGUUGCUUAUGCUGAACAAACCGGUGAAGCAAACCAAAUGGGUCAGUGUUCUCAAGCUUAGUAAAAUUGUCAGAGAGCCAGAAGACAAUUUAGUCUGCAUGGUGGCUGGAUGGGGAAAAAACAAACCAGAUGCAAAGACUAUGACAGAUGUUUUGAUGUCAGUAAAUGUAACUGUGAUCGACCGAAAGAAGUGCAACUCCAAGGAUCAUUAUGAUCUAAAUCCAUAUAUUACUAAGAGCAUGAUAUGUGCUGGGUCGAAAGGAAAAAACAAGGCUGACACUUGUGGGGGGGAUUCAGGAGGGCCAAUAUUAUGCAACGGAGUUCUUGUCGGAGUCACAUCUUUUGGAGGCAACCGCACUGUUCCCUCUGAAAUAUGUGGAUCAGUAAAGUGGCCCGGAGUGUAUGCUUUCCUUUCAAAAGACAAUCUAAACUGGAUAAACAAGGCAAUGAAGUCUCCUAAAAUUGAAUAACUCUUCUCUUUAACUAAUGUUGAUACAGUGAUAACAUAUACUCUCAGUUUAUUGUGCUGUGUUUAUAAUCUCUCAUCACAAGAAGUUAUUAAAAAUACACUUCAAAGACUCUGAAUCUUUAAAACCAUAAAAUAUGUUUAUAAAAAUAAAUUUUUGUAUGUGUUUGUGGGUGUGUGCUGUUGUAGCCAUAUAUGUGUUACUUUGUGCGGCGUGGUGUAAGGCCAGUGUGUUAGGUUUAGGACUAAGGUUUGAGUUGAAGUUCAGGUGCUUAGAUGAGGUUUAGGAUUUAGGUAAGGUUCUGGGUUAGUCCAUACAAAUUAAUGCAAGAUGAAUGGAA